CUCAACCAAUAUCAACUUGCCUUUUUCUGUCCAAUUCCAUGUCACAAAGGAAUAUCAAGUCAGCGUCGUACCCGCUGGUAUCGUAUGCAAGAGCGCAUGACUACGAUCAGCCCUCAAACCCACCUCAGAAACCAAAAUGGAAUGCUAAAUGGAUGCAUCGAACCUUACAAGUUGCUCUUGAUGAAGUUUCUUCAACCAACGGAGCUCCAUUGACAAUUCGUCUACGCGUAUUUCAGUCAUCUUCUUCUACCUCGUACUCCUCUCAGGCUCCUCAAGAAGAAGUUCACGAAGAUAUCGACCUGACUAGGUUUCAGCAUGCUCUAUACGACUCACCCACUAGAAACAUUAUAGACCAGCAUGGACUACCUCUUCGUGCCGCUUACCGUGGAAACCAGCUACUUUUCAGAUACCCACAUCCAUUCUUUGCAACGCAUAACAAUGACCCUCCGACUUAUCGCCGGUUUCAAAUUGUCUUCUAUGCCGCAUCAGAUUGCACCGGAUUCGUCUCUUUGAUAAGCAGGGUUUGUCAAUGUCUGGACAAUAACGACGUGGUCAAGAACAACGCCCGAAGAGUCCCUGGCUCCAUCGUGCGCGGGAGCUCGCCUACAAUGGAGUCCCAAAUGAUUCAUCCCCGCCCUUUCCCGGCCGCUGAGACUCAAGAAGACUUUGUCCCACCAUCUUCGCAGCCUGGCAGUCAAACGAGCCAUUUGAGUCGUUUGUACACGCCUAAGCACUAUUCUCAUAGUCAAGAUGCCUCGUAUAGACUCUUUCCAGGCCCCGAAAGUGCCUCGAACGCUUCGUUUGUCACUCCGUCGACUGUGUCCGUGCCCAAUCCUGGCUCAAUUCCUCAGGGCAGCAGUUAUCGUGGGUUAGGCUCUCUCAGCUGACCUUCAUUUGGCUAGAACGAUCCUUUUCGCCAGGCCCAAGCUCAUCCCAAGGAAACCCCUCUAUUCAAUCUGCUGAGCCUCUUAGGACACCAAUCACUGUUGCGAGUGUUCCUCUGCUUCCAGCACUCACCCAACAAUAUCAUCAAAACCAACGACCGCAUCAUCCCAGUUCCACACCUGGUCACAUGCCGGCAAUGAAUAACCAAGAGCCUCUAAACACAAACCAGAUCACCGGGGAUUCGGCUCGGUACACGAAACCAUCCAAUUCCAAACUCGAUGAGCU